AUGGCGGAUGAUAUGGAUGCUACACUGCAAAAAGUUCUCGAUACCCUUGGAAUGACAGAGCAAGCAGUCAGGCCAAUAACACCUCCGAAUAAUGCAACCCUGAAGCCUCCAAGUAUGGUGAAGCAUGAGGGAUCCGGGGACAGGAACUUGGACCAGCAACAUGCUACCAGUCUGCCUGUACCUGAGCAGGGUCACUGUUUACCACAUUCAGGCAUUUCAGGCAUGUCGUCAAUUCCACAACAUAAUAACUCUUCCAUCGUUGCGCUCGAAAGUGAUCAGUCGGUCUUGACAGAAGACAGUCCAGGCAGUAUACUCAACUCCUGGAUUUUUGACCUAGACUUCGGUACGCACAUUACACCCUCUGCAUCCGACAUGCAACAACAACAACAACAACAACAACCCCUCUUGGGAUCCUCGCCGAAUGAUGAACUUGCUAUGCCACCAACGGGCCAGGUAGAAUUCAUCGAACCUGUUUAUACCGAAAGUGGCUCUACCCUUUUCAAGCAACCGACCAGCACAUCAGACAUUGAAGGCCUGGUUGAUGAAAUCUCCGACCGAGUUGGUACCUUAAAAAUUGGCCCUGGAGGAAAGACACGCUUUUACGGCCCGACAUCCACAUUCUGUUUGACGGAAAUGCCAUUCUUAGAUAAUUAUGAAGCCAAUCAGCCAAAGCCCAUCUAUCAUUCUGAAUCGGAGGAAGAUAUUCCUACGGCUCUAGAAGAUCAUCUUCUCAAUCUUUAUUUCAGCUGGCAGGACCCGUCAUUCCAUAUCGUUGAUCGGGAUAUCUAUGAAGAAGCAAAAGAAAAGUGGGGCAACCUGGAAGAAACUCCUUACUACUCAGAGGCACUGCGGAAUGCAAUGUGUGCGCUUGGUAGCGCUUUUGAAUCUAGAUACCAUCCAACUUUUAUCACUUUCCCGAAAACGCUUGUUGAGUUCUUUGGCGAUCGUGCGAAGUCAAUACUUGAAACGGAAUUAGAUUCCCCUUGUGUCGCAACCAUUCAAGCAAUGGUCAUUCUGAGUAGCCAUGAGAUUGGAAACGGAAAUAAUGCGAGAGGGUGGCUAUACAGCGGAUCGGCAUUGAGGUUGGCAUUCGAUCUUGCUUUGCACCUUGACAUGUCUAGCUAUGUGUCCGCAGGAAUCAUCUCAACGCGUGAUGCAGAACUUCGCAGGACUGUCUUCUGGACUGCAUACAUUGUUGACCAGUUUGUCAUCGCCUUCCCACCUACGUGCACUUUGAGCAGGCCUUUUCGCACCAGCAUGGAGGACGUGACCAUUGGAAAGCCCCGACAAUGUACAGGUCCCAGAGGGCAGUGCCGAUGGACCCCCUACGAGCCAUCCUCUGUCAGCCACGACUCUGGCUUGCUGGACAGCAAAGACGCAAUCAGCCAACAACUAGUUUCCCUCUGUGAGCUGAUGGCUCCAUGCGGAUACGGUACAUCCAGUAUCUCGAAAGAGAUUCUUCAAGAGCUCAAUGCCAAAAUUGUCGCCGAGCUCCGCAAGUGGAAAGCUACCCUUCCGCUUAAUUUACAGAUUAAUCUUGACGACUACACCUCGCCAUACCUUCCGCAUGUGCUGCUUCUCCACAUGCAAUACCACCAGAACAUAAUCUACGCCCACAGACCAUGGAUAUCUAAAAGCCACCUACAACCGCAACCACCAAGAGGACCCGGAUACACACACGCGCGCGAAAUGUGCAUCCAAUCCGCGAUCGCAAUCUCCAAAAUCCUCAACAUGUAUGAUUCACGCUACACGCUACGCCGAAUCAACGUACAAGCAGUCUCCAUCACAUCCUCCGCCGUUCUUUUCCUCCUUUUCGCCGCUGUCUCGAAUUACCCCUCCUACUCUCGAGGCAAUAUCUCACUGUAUCUAACGACAUGUUUCAGAGCCUUGGAUGAAUUCACUCUUUCUUGGAAAAGCGCCCAGAGAGCAAAAGAUCUUCUACUCGGUUUACAGCGUCAAUGGGAUCUACGGACAGGGUCCAAUAAGCCGACACAGCGGGCUGACGGGGUAUUGUAUACUCCGCGGAAACGGUCGAAGACUUCUAGCGGGCUUUAUCGGAUGGUGCCUGUUUCCCAUGAUCUGGCUUUGCAGGUAAAUCUUGAUUUGGAUUGUAUGCUUAGGACAGAGGUGGAAGCUCUUUCUGGAAGCUAUCGUCAGGAUAUCUUUGAUAUGGCGCCUGGUACUGGUGGUUGUUUGGAUGGUCACAGCAGCGGGUAA